GGUAUAUUUACGUAACAACCUCUCCCUCCGCGAGUCGGCAGUUCUACCGGUCUUAUUGGAAAUCAAAGUUUCUUGGUUAGAAAAUCAUGGCGUUGGUUUCUGCUAGAGCAAUUUUCAGUCCAGUUCUCCGGCAGACGGUGAAACAAAUUAUCGGGAACCAUCAACUGACCAAAUACCGACAUGGCCGGCUCUGUGCAAGACUUUUAUUACCCACAGUAACAGCCCAGAGAUUUUAUGCCGAGAAAAAAGUAUUUCUCAGGGACAAGCCGCAUUGCAAUGUUGGAACCAUUGGCCACGUUGAUCAUGGCAAAACCACACUCACCGCAGCCAUCACCAAAGUACUCGCUGAGAAGGAAAUGGCCACCGCAAAGGCGUACAAUGAGAUCGACAAUGCGCCGGAGGAAAAGGCACGUGGAAUUACUAUUAAUGUAGCCCACAUUGAGUACCAAACUGAGAAUCGUCAUUAUUCACACACGGACUGCCCUGGACACGCUGAUUACAUAAAAAAUAUGAUCACUGGAACCUCUCAGAUGGACGGUGCCAUUCUCGUCGUCGCUGCCACCGAUGGUGCCAUGCCCCAAACAAGGGAACACUUGCUUCUCGCUAAACAAAUCGGCAUCAACUACAUUGUCAUUUUUAUCAACAAGGUUGACGCAGCUGAUGAGGAAAUGGUUGAGUUGGUGGAGAUGGAAAUUCGCGAACUCAUGACAGAGAUGGGAUAUGACGGAGAAAAUGCGCCGAUCAUAAAGGGAAGCGCACUCUGUGCUCUUGAAGGAAAAAAACCUGAAAUUGGGUCUGAAUCAAUUACAAAGCUCCUCGAGGAAGUAGACAGGUACAUUCCUACUCCUGUUCGCGACCUGGAUAAGCCAUUCCUACUUCCAGUCGAACAAACCUAUUCCAUACCGGGCCGAGGGACUGUUGUAACAGGUCGAUUGGAGCGUGGAGUCCUGAAGAAGGGAAAUGAGUGUGAGUUGGUUGGUUAUGGUAAAGUUCUUAAAACUGUGGUAACAGGAGUAGAAAUGUUCCGGCAAAUAUUGGAAGAGGCUCAGGCGGGAGAUCAGCUUGGAGCUCUUAUCCGAGGUGUUAAGAGGGAUGAUGUUAGAAGAGGCAUGAUACUUGCAAAACCUGGAACCGUCAAAGCACAGGAUCAGGUCGAGGCUCAAAUUUACGUUCUCAGCAAGGAAGAAGGGGGCAGGGCUAAGCCAGUUCUCAACUUCAUGCAAUUACAAAUGUUUUCAAAAACGUGGGAUUGUGCUACCCAAGUGCAAAUCCUUGAGAAGGAUAUGGUCAUGCCAGGAGAGGACACAAAGCUUCUACUGAAACUAUUUAAGCCAAUGGUAUGCGAACAAGGUCAACGGUUUACGAUACGAGAUGGAAUUGUAACUCUGGGAACAGGUGUCAUUACAAAAAUAUUGCCACCUCUGAAUGAAACUGAAAGGUUGGCACUUACUGAAGGAAAGAAGGCCCGUGAGAAGAAAUUAGCGAAAGCGAAUUAAUUUAGCAGUAAUACCGAACACACAUUCACAUUGUUAUCACUUUAAAGCUAGAAGGCAAUCCUAAAGGUAAAGGAGAUAUUGACCCAUCUGCCCGUUUCCAUUAUAGUCUGUUGGUGUUGUUAAUGAUCAGUAUAACGAUUACCCAACACUCAGUAAUAAUGUAACAGAAGAGCAUCUUUAGCUAAUUGAUUUCUCUCAAAAGUUCGAUCACGAUUUUUUAAAGCAAAAUUAAACAAUACAUCAAAUAACGACAUUAAUAUGCCUUCUAGUUAUACGUUUUACAUGCAUUUCACUUUAAGGUUUCGUGUUCUGUCAGCGCGUAUAACUGAUAUUACAAAAAAAUGUGAUUCUCGAGAGUGACAUUCGUACCAUUGAACUUUGGAAGAAUGGUAAAGCAUGACUCCAAUUAUACCAUGAAACAUGAACCGAAUGUUGUUACUUUGAAGCUCCAGAUGUCCAGCCGUUUUUUUUUUUUUUACAUUUUCUUGUAAGUAAAACCAUUUUAAUUAUCAUACCGCUAGUGUAAGUAGUACCUGUAGAUAUUAUCGUCAAUAAAAUUGAGAAGAAAAUGUUCGGAUCGGUUUUCCUCAGCGAAUUUUUCAUUCAACCACAGCAAGCAACAUCUAAAUACUGAAAUAACAAUAAAUGGUAAAUGAAAAUGAAAAACGCAGAAGAAUCAGUUUCAUUGUUGAUUUAUUUAUUUCACAUGUAUUAGCGGUGUAAUUUUCUCUUCGCACAAAUCCUUCUCUAUUGAUUGAUAACGAAAGGAAGAAUUGUUCGAAAUUACAACGUUCAAAAAUUCAAUACUACUACAUAAUGUAAUGUUUGAGGUGAUGUUAACAUUGUUACAAAAAGAAGUAAUCGAAAUUUUCCACACAGUUUGUGAAAAGAAGUCUGUCACACAAAUUUUCUAUUUACGUUAAUCAAAGAAAAUAAAAAUAAAAAACGAAUAGAAUAAAUUAACUGGUUCGAGUACACAAGAAAAAAGAACUGUAGGUAAUUUUUGUUACAAUUUAAAUUCAAGCCGAACAAAGCAUACAUACACUUUCGCUUAUAAAAAUAGUAAACAGUCCUCAAGAACGUGGAAAGACGCAAACAUACUCUGUCCAUACGAGUACAAUUCAUGGAACGAUAUUACAUAGUUUAGUAAUUAUUUAUUAAUAAUCUACCCUUUCAAGCACACACUCGCAGACAACAGACAAUCCCUAAAGUAGCCGGUUACUCCCAAUAAAUACCAUUGUUACUUUUUUUUUUGAACCAUUCUUCUUGUAAUUUUAAAUUCAGUUUAGUUCACAGUGAGCUAACACGCAUUCUUAUGCAAUCGAAGGACGUUUUCUUUGCAAAAGUAUCUUUCGUGUAUAUUACGAUUCAUGUUAUAAUUAAUCCUUGUCAUUAAAAAUAAGUCAAGAAUUUAACACAUGUUUCAGUAUACGGUUCUAAUUUUGAAAAUAAAGCAAAACGAUUGAUUAUUAAAUAAGUUAAAUGUAUUUUAGUAUCCACAAAUACAACAAUUGUAACCAGCAUACAAGAAAAAAAAUGAUUGCAGAAAAAAGUAGACGUUAAAAAUUAUGCAGUCGAUGCAUUAUUCACAAUAAAAAAUUUUAAAGUGAAUAAUCACAAAAAUAUCCAACUUUAAAACGCGCUAAUUUCAUAAUCGAAUAACUACAAUGUUAUCAGAAUA